CGAAACAUACCCCGCUGAUAUUUUCUCGUCGGAAAAAGCAAAGGGAAUUCGCCGGAGAAAGAAAUGGGUGAGGGCGGCAACGGCACGUUCGAAUCAAUCAGGGACUGGGUCUCCGAGCACAAGAUGAGAUCCGUCGCGACCUUGUGGGCGAGCGGGAUUGCUGGCUCGAUAGCGUACAAUUGGUCGCAACCCAACAUGAAGACCAGCGUCAAGAUUAUUCAUGCUAGGAUUUCGCCAGUGUUUGGUAAACCAUUGAACAGCAAUGAUGACCUGCCGCCGAGUUGGAAAGGUUGCACGCGCAGGCAUUUACAUUGGCUGCUCUCGUUGGAUGUGCUGCAGUUGAAUACUAUGAACGUACACAAACCGAAACAGCAAAAGCGAAAUGAGCACUUGAGGUUGCAAAUUGCCAGGGAAAGGGCGGGCUCAAAUGACAGGUUCAUGGCCCAUUUCCAAGUAUUCUAUUGCUGUAGUCCUAACGGUCUGGAACGUGGUCGUCGGUGUCCAGAUGCUUAUCGUGUUCAGAUAUCCUUUGCUCAGAUAUCGUUUGCUUGUCUUGUUGAGUGGUAUUACAGAUUGGCAAUGGCCUUUCGCUUGAGCAAGAAAUUGGCUCUUGAGCCGACUACCUUCAAACUGGCUUCCCGGAUUCCUCCUAUGCAUAGCACAAAGCACAUGGAUAUUUACACAUUUCAACAGUAA